ACACCAAGUCAGGUACAACUGAGUGCGUUAGGCUCUUGCAUGUGUCUUACCAGGCUGAAAGAACCAGCCCCGUUCUGGCGACCCUAACAGAAUCUUGCUUAAAUAACUGUCAACAUUGCUAAGAUUCCUCUCCAGAAAUGAAAUGAAUCAUAUAAGGACAUCUGAAACUCCCAGAGGGCUGGGAAAUCAGAGGAAGGGAGGAAAAGGAAAGAAAGAGCUCAGAGUCUGGCAAUUACUAAGAAUAAAGUCCUGGAAGAGGCCCACACUAAUGCUACCUCUAGCAUUGUGAUCACGACAAGACUUCCCUGCUUGCCUUCAGCGCUGUCUUGAGAAGCAUUGCAGACCAGAUGCAGGUUGCUACAGUUACUAGAACCAACAGAGAUCUCAACAUCUUUGCUUUUCAGUGAUUUUGGCUACUCUGUUUCUCUUCUAAUAUUUCUAUCUUACUGCCCUAGUAAAGCCUGCAGGCGGGCAUUGAGCACCAACUCUGCCAUGGGCAACUUAUUAAGCCUGAACUUUAAAGAGCAGGGUGGGGUAUUGACUGUUGGCAUCUGGGCGUGGGCUGUGCUUUUGCUUUACUGUUGCAGUUUUCCCAGCCAGGGAAUUCUCAGAUUCUUCAUCAACCGAGAAAUGUAACAAAGAGCAUUAGCAGGUUUCCUAAAACUUGCUGUCAGGAAACUCUACUUUAAUAUACCACUGAAUUAGAUUUUUAAAAAUAUUGAGGACUUUAACAUGAGAAAGUCUUUAGUCUUAUUUUAUGCACUUUAUACAUAUUAAUUUACUCCUAAGACUAAUGUUGGGGAAGGAAGAGAGAGAGGUUCCCCUCCAUUCUACAGAAAGCAGAUGAGGGCCAGAACUGCCCACCAGCACUGUCUGUCACGACUAGCAACACAAACGUCAACUUACAUAUAAGUGAAAUUUCCUUUGGCGUGACAUUACUAUCGCAGAGAACAUGGAGAGCUUGAGAUGUAACUAUCCCCUCAGCUAUUUCUUCACGGCCGAUGAAGCCCAUCCAGCAUCCUUUGUCCCCAGAACACACAAUCUCAACAUCCUUCCUCAUCACUCACACAGCCACUCUGCACCACAGGCUUCCACACAGGCAGAAUCUCAGCAAAGCCCCCACAAACCACGCCCAUACCUCCUGAUGUCUAUUUCCUGUUUGUGUACAGUGGAGUGUGGUGCACUCAUUCCCUAGGGCCUUGUGAAGAUCCAGUGAGCUCAGGCCUGUAAACAUGCGAAGGAUGUACCUGACCCAAGUCUAUCAGUACCGCCUGUUGCUUAAUUUUCACUCAAAACUAUCAAGACACCAAGGAAUACUUUUGUUGGUGGUGGUGGGUUUCUCUGUGUGGCCAUGGCUGUCCUGGGACUCACUGUGUACACCAGGCUAGCCUCGAACCUGGAGAUCCACCUGCCUCUCCCUCCAAAGUCCUCCUUUCCUCCAAAGGAAAGCACCACCACUGUCCGGCUGGUAUUUUUAACUCAAAGCUUCUGGAUGUUUAUCCCCACCCCAUAGGGAUGUGACAUGACUCCUAAGUCAUAAAGCCUGAAAUGAAUUCUAUCUGCUCCCCAAAGCCAUUGCUGCUGCUCUUUGCCCCUCUGGGUCUGUUGUCAUAUUCCAGACCCAACCCAGGCUCUUCAGCAUUAUUGCUGAGUAAGGACUCACUCACAAGGUUACCAUGGUUAUCCAUGUAUUUCUCCGUUAUUUUAACAGUCACUGUCUUCCCAAGUUUCUUACUCUUCAAUCCAGUUUCUAUAAGUCACUUGAAGUGGCCUUCCAAAAACUUUUAUUUUACUCUGCUGCUACAAUUCAGAAACCAACUCCCCAAAAAAGUCGUGCUCAGCAGCGGCAGAAAACCUGAACUUCCUGUUUGCUGUCCAAGGCUUUCUGGGCUCAAACUACCUCUCCAGCCUUCUCACCAGACUUCACAAAAGAGCCUGUGCUCAAUGCUUCCAGGACCCACGUCCAGCCCCAGCUUCCCCAUCUCCUUACUUUAUUCACUUCCUUCUUCCACUACUCAGUUUUUCUCUCCAUCCCUACCCAUAAAACACCAGAUUUCAAAUGCUGUGUUUUACAAUAAGCUAACAUGUGCUUUCUCCAUCUUUUUAUGUUUCAUACAGAACUGUUCAUAGAGACGCCUCAUCCUGCUAGCAGAACACCCUUGUUUACAAGUGCUAACCGCUACUCAAAGCGACCAAGAAUUAGGUCUAGAACUCAGAAUCAAUAUCAAAUCCUACUUUCUCCUUAACCCAGUCCUACCUGUCCCUCAUAUAUUUAAUCAUAUGUGUCUUAUCUUUUAUUACACUUUAGUUAUUUGCAUGAUCAUAUAAAUUAAUAGUUCUAACUUUAAAGAAAAAUGUAUUAAAAGCUCCUGCAUGAAAUGUUUGCUGAGCCAACUAAAAAUCUAACAAAAAAACAUGUCAACUCAUGUUAAACCAGUUUUAGGAUGGGAUAAGAAUAAAAAGCUGGCUCAUGGGAACAUCCCUUGUCACUUCUUAGUAAAUGUCACUCAUACCAUGAGGACAGCUAGCAGCUCUUCAUUUGAGAAAAAUGACAGCUGCCCCCUUCACAGGUUGUCAAGAGCGUACAGGAAGUGGCGUGGGAAAACAUCUGACAGUGCCUUCUGUGGAAUUCUCAGCAUUUAAUUUUUAGCCUUGCCGGUCUAUUUAUUUUAUCAAAUCCUGCCAUGGCAGUCUUCUGCCUUAACACAUCCACCCUUUCCCAUCAUCUCACAGGAUCAAGUCCAAACUGCUCUGGCCUGGUCAGUGACUCCUCCAGAGGCUCAGCCCACCACUAACACUAGGCUGACACCAAACAUCUCUGGCUUUCUCCACUCUAGCAUAGUUUAGCUGAGCCUUCCCUGCACAGGCUUCAGAACAGAUCUGGAUCCCCGUUCCACCUGUUCCACACAUAGUCUCUGUGACCUUGGGCAGAUCACUCCUACUGUCGGGGCCCUACUUCUGUACUUCAAGAAAGAUGAGUUAUAUCUUACCUCACUGUGUGUCCCAAGUAAUUAGCAACUUGGCCUGGAGAAGUGGCUUGGUUGUGUUUGCCAUAAUUACAAUAACACAUCACCUGCACUUCAGUUUCCACAGCACCAGCUGCAUUGUGCUGUCCAGUCUUACCUAUCUCCUUAUCAAACUAGAAACUACCAAAGAAGGGCACUGUCCCUUUCAUAUUUGCAUGUGCACAUAACAAAUAUUUAAAUGUCUCUACAAGAAGUAAAUGCUUUAAGUGCGUCCUGUUACCAAAGACCCUGACCCACGCCAGCCUCACUGUCCAACACACACGCUGCCGCGGCCCCCAGGCCUCUGCGCCGAGAUUUUGACAGACUCGGUGGAAGGAUGGAGGGCGAUGCGGAGUACAUCCUCCCUACUGAGACGAGAUAUGUUGGGGACAUGAAGGACGGCAUGUUCCAUGGAGAAGGAACCCUGUUCUUUCCCAGUGGGAGCCGAUUCGACGCCACCUGGGAGAAAGGAUUGGUGGUGAAGGGCAAGUACACCUUUGCUGAUGGGCUGCAGUAUGAGGACAAACAUUGGCAUUACUGCGACAGUUAUGACCGGAGAUUCCACACCGAGAUCUGCUACGGCCUGAAGCCCUCAGGUAUCUCUCAGCUCACCAACAUGGACCCACCUAGAAAAAUCCCCAUUGGCUGCUAUGACUGUGGCGAUGGCUUCUACGACCCCAGGACCAGAGUCAUCAAGGAUUACCGUAGCCGCUUUCUGAGAAAUGCAGAUGAUGAUGAACAUGAGUGGAUCGUCAGGACCUGCCGCAAGGGCUGGGCAGAGAAGCCUGCACAGAACCCCAAGCUGUGAUUCCCUCUGCCCAUGCAUGGCUGCCGUUCUGGCUUCGGUUUAAGUUUCAGAAUAAAGGUUUCCUGCACUGAAUAAUCCCGAGGGUGAGGGCUUUAGAAGACACCCCCAUUUCACCUGUUUCAGUAUCACCUUGGUAGCACUGGGCCCAAGCCCAGACUUGCCUGUCAGAAUAUAUGGAUAUUGCAUUCCCAAUUACUUCUUAUACAUGGAAUGUUCAAGAACCUUCAUCUUCUGCCAUAUUUAUAACUGAAUGAGCAGCUAAGAGAAGAUGGGGAAUCUGUGGCUCAGAGAAAUGUGACUGGCUGGUGACUCAGUAGGUCUCAUCUCAGCGGUGGCACCUUCCCCCAGGACCGCCUUUCCCUCGGGGCACUGGAUCCACAGGUGCUUUGGCAUCUAUACAGGAUUCAAAUCUCAGUUCUGUCACAGCCACCCACCAUGCAACUCUGGGCAGGUCAGUUCUUUUGAGCCUCAGCUUCCAGCAUCUAUAAAACAGUUAAAAGAAUGCUCAAAACAACAGAACACCACAGUGACUCCAGGGAGACAGUUGGAGAGGUGACACCUGGCGGGGUUCAAUGCUGACCUGAAAUCGCAAUCUGUGCCACUGUAUCGUAGCACUUGAUGAGUAAGGCAGAAGGACCACACAUGCAAGAGCCAACCCAGGUUACACAGUGAGGACCAAUAUAAAAAACAGAUAGAAAAGUAAAUCUGUGCGCUGUGCAUAUCAUCACCCCAGAGAUCACAUUUGUUAGCUGUGCAGAAGAGGGAAUGGUAAAGGCCUCAAGCAUCCUCUAUGUUUGCAUGACUAGUCCAUGGAGGAGACCCCCCUUUGGACCCCAGGUUAUGAUCGCUGGUUUACCCAAGCUACCCUGUGGAGACAGAAGAGAGAUCAGGUUAGGGAUAGAUUGCUGAGAUCUUCAGAGAAAAAAAAAACUCUCAAACUAGGAAUUCAGAGAGGACCUGGAGGAGAGCCACCACUCAAGGGAGGUUUCGGUCCCCUGAAGCUAGCUGCACCAUGCAGUAGACCUGGGGAAGUCAUCUCUUCCUUCUAAGGCUUUUGCUACACCCUAGAAAACUAAUAGGGUGGGGUCCAUCGGUGGUUCUCAAGCUGGGUCUUCAAAACAGAAGGUACACUUAGCAAAGAAACACAUACAUACUCGUGCACACAGACAAAGUGUAUACUUUCCGUUAUAUCCAAAUAGAAUUUAAAACAGACUGGAGAGGCAGAAAUAAUGUUGGGCAUAGAGGGUUGAGGAGGGCUGAGUUGGGGUAAAGGGUGAGGAGAUGGUUCAGCUGCCACACAGUCACGAGCACCUUAGCUGAGGUCCCUAGGACCCAAGUAAAACACCAGGCACAGUAGUAUGUGCCUGUCAUUCCAGUGUUGGGGACAUGGAGACAGGAGGAUCCUGAGGCUUGCUGGCCAGUGGCUCUAGCCAAAUCGAUGAGCUCCACAUUCAGCAAGAGACCCUGUCUCACAAGGGCUCUAGGAGGUAAGGAAAGCAUCCAUACCCUAUAGGCAGCUUGAGUCUCAACGCCUGGGGCUUUGACUUGAACAAGAUUUUCCAGAGGAAUGAAUCUGACAACCACCAGACCACUGACCAGCAUAUGUGGUAGCCCUAGAACCUGACUAAGCCAUCAUGAGUCAGUCUUGUGCUCAAGCUGGAGCCAUCAUAUUGGAUUCUUCCCCAGAGGAUCCCUGUGUCUCUUCUUCCGUGCCCUCCCCAACACUUUCUCUUUUCACCUAUUCCGUGUAUCUUACUGGAUUGGAUCCAGCUCAAAUGCCUCCCCUCAGUUCCCCAGCAUAUGAGAGGAAUGCCUGUGGACAGCACUGGCCAGACUGAGGUUUCUCUGAGGCAGAGCAGCACAGAACACAGCAGACAGUUGGCAUUCAGAGAGCAGAACAGAGGUCAACAACCAGCCUGGCUUCCCACAAAGCAGUCAAUCCACGGGAUGACACAAUGUUAGAGAAGAAACCCGUCACCGUCCCUCAGCACAGUCCACUGCCUGGGCUAUGGUGCCAUCCGGCAGCUCAGACCUAAGACCUUAACUGAAGAGCAAG